AUGUACACACAGACACAUGUACAUACAUACACAUAAACACACACACACGAACAGACACAUGUACACACACACAUACAUGUACAUACACGCAGACACAUGUACAGAUACACACAUGUACAUACACACAGACACACACACACCCCCUAUAAAAAGUUGCUGUACUUCGUUGUUCACUCACAGAGCCGGGUACUGCACUCUAGAGGGAGGCAGAGAGCACAGCACACACUCCUUGCUUUGCUUUCACUGCGCUCAGCUAUUGAGCAGUCUGACAGCUCCCAGUGCCAAUGACAGAUCCGGUCUGAACUCCAAACCUGCUCAGCAAGACGGUCCUGGGGGACACACUCGCCCCCACCAUAAUUUCCACUCGCCACUGGCGAGUGGAAAUUUCAAGGCCUGAUAUA